GUCUUAUACUUAUUCCCAAAUCAAAUUGCUUAACUAAGAAACAUACUUUUAGUUUCAUGCAUAAAAAUUCUAAUUGCCUUACUUAGUGCAUCUUACCAAAGCAUAUCACUUCUUGCUUAAAAUAAAACGUCACAAUGGUGUGACGUCAUUGCGGGUUUUGACGAUAUUGAAUCUCCCGUUCUACGUCAUCAUCAUCGUCUGAAUAUGGCAGAGAAAAAACGUAAACCGAAUUGGACAAUGGAAGAAUGUUUACAUCUAACACAUUUAUUUAACGAUAAUAAGAAAAUUUUGAGGGCUAAAUUCGGCGCCGGAGUGACCACUCAAAAGAAGAGGGAAGUAUGGAAAAAUAUUACUGAAGCAAUUAAUGCAGCCAACCCUUCAACCGUCCGGACUAUAGAAGAAGUCGAAAAGAAGUGGCAUAACAUCCACAUGAAGGGGAGGGGAGAAAUAUCUGAUUUUAGAAGAAGUUUGCAAAAAACAGGUGGAGGACCGGCAGAGAAACCAUUAAGUGCAUUGUCACAAGCUGUUGAGGAGGUAAUUGGUGAGGAAAAUGUUUCUAUCUGCGGAAUAUCUGGGGCCUUUGAUUCCUCUUUGAUGACGUUUAACAAUUUCAACAGGGGCAUGGAAGACAUUCCAUCGAGUUCACUGCAAGGGUAAGGCUUUCUUAAGUGUC